UUCCGGAACUGAACUUUGCCAUAUUUUUUAUCCAACUUCUUCAGUAAUACGAGAUUUUUGUAACGGAACUGUCCUGGAAGUAGGCCUACGUGUGAGAAUUGCCUGCAGACAUGGUGUAUGCAGCUUUUAUACAUGUACUGAUCCCUUUUUGCUUGUGCGUCAUUUUAGCGAACAGUGGAUUAUUUGACCAUGUUGUGGUGGACCUGACCUAUGACCACUAUGCAGAGAAAACAGUUCAGUGGCUGCCUGCCUUUCUGGCGAUGCCGUUUAAUUGCCUGGUCAACGUGGGUUAUGUCGUUAUGGGCACUUUCUGGCUCUUUAAACCAAUUGGUCCCCGAGACAGUCGGGAAAGGUACUUCAAAGACGUCUUUGCGUUUAUGGCAAUUCUGUACGGACCAAUACAAUGGAUUCGUCUGUCGUCUUUAUCACGGGCACCCGCUGUUCUGGACCAGUGGUUUACCCUUCCUAUCUUCGCGUGGGUACCAGUGUGGUGUCAUUUUACCGAGCACGGUUGGAGCCCGUGGCACGUGCUGACCACUGAGACUGUCUCCAUCCUAAGUUACGCACUGGCCCUGUUUCACGAGCUUGGUUUCGAUGCCGCAUUGGCUUGCCAUGUUGCUGGGGCUGUGUUCACUGGAGUCAAAAUACAAAGAAGUCACGGAGAUGCGACCACGCUGCGCCACCUACUGCUUGCUGUGUUGUCAUGCAGCGGUUUCGUGGUGUUGAAACUCUUGGAUCUCACCCUGGCUCAGAACUGGUUGUUUCAAAACCUGACUGGACACUUCUGGUCAAAAAUAUGUGACAUUUUGCAGUUCCAUUUCAGCUUCUGCUUCCUGACCGACCUUAAUGCAAAAGGGACGAAAAAGUUAUAGGCCUAUCUGAAAAAUGUGAUGGGUUUUUAUUUGGCAAAGUCUGUGUCAACAAACUCAAAAUUACAGCAGCAGCCUUGUCCAAAGAUAUUGAGAUUCCUUGACAAUCAAGUUUUUCCUAUUAAUGCGUCUUUGUACAUUUAUUAAAAUGUGGAUCUGUUUAGGGGUAGCCUAACAAAAAAGUGUUGGGGGUUGGGGGCAUGGAUCCACAAAAAAUGUAUUUUAUUUUUCACCAUAAAAUUCAUUUUUUAAUUGUGAGAGACUUGC